UCACCCAUGCAAAGAAGAACGUCCUAGAAAAGUGCUGGCAGCUUUUCAUUCACAACGGCAGCAGAACUUUCAUCUUCAUAAAGCAUCAUGGCACGCGAUCAUCACAUAUAUUACUGCAUAAAGCUGCUUGUGGUGUGCGCGCUCUUGACCGCGGCGCGCGGCACUGCUGACAGAACCAAAACACUGGACUUCGAUGUCAAACCAGGAGGAGUUGUGCACACUUUCUCUGCUAAAAUGAAAAAGUAUGAAUGCACUUUUACAUACGCAUCUCAAGGAGGAACCAAUGAGCAAUGGCAAAUGAGUGUUGGACUAAGUGACGACAACAAGCUGUUUUCCUGUUCAGUAUGGAGGCCCCAAGGGAAGUCCUACUUGUUCUUCACCCAGUUCAAAGCCGAGAUAAAAGGAGCCAAGAUUGAGUUCGCCACCGCAUUUUCCCAGACAGCCGUGGGUGGACAGAGGGAUGUACCUUUGAAAGAAGAAGAGUACAUUGUGUCAGAGUCCACAGUGACCCACAGAGAUGGAAAAUUCCGUUCCGAGCUCUCAAAGCUCACUGUCAUUGGUCGGACACGCCACGAUGAACUCUGACUGGCUGAUCCUUGAAGGAUGUCCAAUCGCACAAGGACAUUGGUCGUUUGACAGCUAUUGAAGCUCUGCCUUUUAACGGUUAACAUAAGCCAAGGAAAUCAAGACCACAGAAAGUGAAGAUAGCACUUCCUGCAACAAAUACUACAGAGAUUUCCUACAGCUUCUAUAGAGACUGUGAAUGACCAAGAACUGGAUUGAUCAUAAUAAGGGAGUUAGACACACACACACACACAAAAAGUCUAUUACUGGAGAUAAAUAAAGGAUACAUAUUGUUGACAAUUUUUUACUUGUACAUUUAUUCAUAUUUUCUUAAGGAAGUGAGGUGAUAUGAAGGCUUCUCAUUGAAAUCAUUUAGUUAGCUCAGAACAGUAGUUUGAUUUCUCUUUAUGGGUUUAGGGUUUUCAGCCUGAUUUUGGCUUCAUACCUGCAAAACUGAUUGUCGAGAAUAAAGAUAUUUACUUUCUGGUCUUACGCUGGUGUUCCAUGAGAAAUCCAUCAAAAUCUUUGGGGUAUGUCGGAAUCCUUUUAUUAUUUCUGUGGUGGAGGAAAGACAAACAGUUACUUUAUUCCAAUAACUUAUGUAAUGAGAUUUUAAUAAAUCUGUUGAAUAUU